CUCGCGCGCCUCCCGCACCUCCCUCCCCGCAUUCCUGCCCCUCACACACACACACACAAACGAGUCCCGCGCGCUGCUCCUCUGUUCCUUUUCUCUUAUUUCCCUUACUCUACUUUCUUUCUUCGUUCUUUUUUCUUUUUCUUUUUAAAUCCCCAUUUUCUGUCAUGUCGAGUUUUCCUUUCUUUGCUCCUUAUUUUGCUCUUUGCUCGAAUCACUGGCAAACUUUUCGCGCGAGAAAUUAAACGGAUUUGUUCCGAGAAGGCGACGUUUUGUUUUGGGAAGGAGAGAGAGAGUGAGAGAGGAAAUUCCUCCGCCAUUGACUGCAAAAGGACCCUUCAACUUCGGCAAGCACCUCGUGCAGAAAACUUUGUUUUAAAGACAGUUUGCUGUUGCUGUUUUUUUCCCCCUAAACCUUGCUGCUGCUUGGUGACUUCGGGGAAUUAUGCAUGUCGAGGAAUUCACGACAGAAACAGAGUGAAAUGCACGAGCUUUUUUCUCGUUCUUCUCCUUGCAUGCGCACCGGGAACACCGAUGGAUCGCUACUACGAGGAGGAUCCUGCACGCCGAGCGAGCGAGCUGAUGGAGAACCUGUCGCUGUGCGAGCCUUACCGGGAGCUCGAGCCCGACCUGGAUUUCGGGCUACCUGAGCAGCACAAGAGCAAGCGCGCGCACAGAGACGCCUUCUACGUGGACGACGCGUACUGUAACGCGAGAUCCGAAGUCGCGCUGCCGUGCUACGGCGGAAGCGGCGGCGACCGGCACCGGAGAUCGUGCGUUGUUCACGCGAGUCCCCGGUCGAGCCUCGCGGCGCCCGGGCAGCAGGAGAAAUGCGGGAGCCCGCGCUCGAGUCUUGCGCACUGCGACGGCGGCAGCGGCGCUCUCAGCCCGCGCUCGAGCUACGCGAGCACCUCCAGCGACGCCAGCAAGCCCUCGAGCCCCGGCUACGUCUACGAGUGCGCGAGCCGCCCGAGCAGCAACCGCACGAGCGGCGUCAGCAUGGGCUACGACCAGCGGCACGCCAGCCCUCGAUCGAGCAUCUGCGGUCCGAGCAGCGCCGGUCUCACCCUCAGCCCCAGGUCCAGCAUCUCCAGCCACAGCUCCAGGAGCUCGCGGAGCUCGCGCGGCUCCAUGGGCGCGUGCCCGGAGCUACUAGUUGCCUCGUCGCCUCGCGCGUCCCUGCUGGAAGACGCGCUGCUGCAGGACACCGGUGACGCCAGCGUGCUCCACCGCGCGCACCUUCAUCCGUUCACUGUGCAGGAAGAGAUACACCACGGUGCCUCCACCAGAGCCCGCGCCCAGGGGCCGAGACUCAAACUGCCCUACCAGGUGACCCCUGCGAGAGACAGCGGCGCGAGCCAGGCUGAGAGGCGGCUCGAGGCCCUCACGCUCGAGCUGGAGAGGGAGCUGGAAAUGCACAUGAAGAAGGAAUAUUUCGGUGUUUGUAUAAAAUGCGGGAAAGGCGUGUAUGGAGCGAGUCAGGCUUGCCAGGCAAUGGGGAAACUCUACCAUACUAACUGUUUCACCUGCUGUUCAUGUGGGAGGAGACUGAGAGGAAAAGCAUUCUACAAUGUGAACGGAAAGGUCUACUGUGAGGAGGACUUCCUGUAUUCUGGCUUCCAGCAGACGGCAGAGAAAUGCUUCGUGUGUGGACACCUCAUCAUGGAAAUGAUCCUCCAGGCUCUGGGGAAAUCCUACCACCCGGGUUGUUUCCGCUGUGUGGUGUGUAAGGAGGGACUAGACGGGGUUCCUUUCACCGUUGACGUUGAGAACAACAUCUACUGUGUUAAAGACUAUCACACAGUAUUCGCUCCAAAAUGUGCAUCGUGUGGUCAACCCAUUCUCCCCGCUGAGGGAUCAGAGGAGACCAUACGGGUCGUGUCCAUGGAUAAAGACUACCAUGUAGAGUGUUAUCACUGUGAGGACUGUGGCCUUCAGCUGACUGAUGAAGAAGGCCAUCGCUGUUACCCGCUGGAGGGUCACCUGCUGUGUCACGCCUGCCACCUGCACCGGUUAAAAACCUCCGGUCCCGCCCAGCCACCGACCAACUAUCCGCUUCAUGUCACUGAGCUGUGAACACACACACACACACAAGAUCGUGCCAUGAAGAGAAAUGUGUGUGAUUUCCGUUGCUGCUCCAACCCUCCACACCUUCAAUGAUAAGACACACAAUCUGUCUCUCUGCAGCUGCACCCUGGAAUGAUGUCACAGACUCGAACUUUGACCCCCCCUGGUCUCACUUACAGGACACAACCAGCAUAUACAGCUACAUUCCGAGAAAGGAAAAGCCUUACAAGUGGCCUUUCACUGAAAAUCUCGCACUUAACUCUUUUUUGUUGUUGUUGUCUUUUUACUCACUGCCUUUUUUUUAAUGUUACACUGUUCUUAUCUGUACGAUGUUUUGUAUUUCUACAUACGGUAUGUGUGAUGUGAUGCUGGUAAGGAAUAUAAAUCCUUACAACGUAUUCACAUGUAACACACAUACACACAGACAUUACGUCUUGUGUGUCAGGAUGAGUAGCCGCGCUCAUAACACACACAUAUACCGCCUUAACAUAUCAUAUUUAACCCUAUUGAUAUUCAGAGACAUUUUCUUUACAUGAAUGUAGACUUUUUCCGGUUUGAGUCUCGAUCGCUUUCUAAGCUGGUACUAGACUCCGACGCAGAGUACACCUUCCCGGCACUGGUUUGUCUGAGAGGAGCCACGCUGUAGACUGUAGACACGAUGCCGCCGUGGUGACGGAAGACAGGAUGGCCAUUUUGUUCACUUGUGAAUAGAUCUGACGUUCUGCUGACACUCGAGGUGCUGGUUUCACCCGAGCUCCACAGGAUGGAUGUGUGUGUGCGUGUGUGUGUGUGUGUGAACAUUCCCAACAUGCAUCAGUGGCUGGGCCACUCUGUAUGUGCCUGUUUGUUCGACUUUGAGUGUCUGUGUUUGUAUGUGUGUUAAAUGUCAAGCGCUGAUGGCAGCCUGAUGACAAACCAGCAAACUCUUCUUGCCUCGGUUGUGGUUGUGUGUGUGUAUGUGUCUUUGUGGCCUAUCACAGGUAUACAGAAGCCCUGCUGUAACACUACUGAGUGGACAAAGGCAGGCUGAAACCAAUCCUGUCUCCGACGUGACAUUUCUAACAUAUACUUUCACAAUUCUACUUCAAAAUGCACAGAAAUUAUUAUUAUUAUUAAUAUUAAUAUUAUUAUUAUUACAAAGAAGAUGAAUCACGUGCAGAAUUCCACACAACGCUGAUAUUUUGUUCUCAGAGCAUUCCCAGAAAGGUUGUUUCACCUUUACACAACCGUAUUAUUAUAAUUAUUAUUAUUAUUAUUAUUAUUUCCUCUCCAUGAUGUCUUAAUACAUUUAAUAAAUUUUUUAAAAAGUACUACUAUUUGAUAGAGCACAGAUAGAGUCCCUGUAAAUAAACACCGCUAGCGUUUAUCCUCUGCUUCUAUCCGAGACGGCGGUGAGCCGUAGCUUUGAUCUUUGAGUGUAGUUCUCAGAACGCGUCUCUGACCUUCUGCUUGUUCUUUUUUUUUUUUUUGUAUCAUUCGAUGUUUUGAUUCCCUUAGAUAUUUCUUAAAUAAAAAAAGAAAAGUAGAUUUAUUUAUCUAAACACAAAACAAAAAAGGUUUAAAGUUAUUUAAUGUUAUAAGAAGUUUGGACAUAUCCUUUAACUGUAGAUGAGAUAAUCUGCUUUUUCAAUAAAGUGGUUUUGUAGUUA